AUGUCGAAGGCCGCGCUCAUUCCAGAAUGUAAAAAGGAUAUAGGUGGUGUGAAAGAAGAUAUAUGUGUACCAGCUAAUGAGAAAAAGGAGGGAGCAAUUAGUUUAUACAGAAGACUUCUGCGUUUGGAUACGUUUAGCAAGAGGAAUACUUUAGACAGCCCAACAGAAACAGAACCACAAGCGACUUACUAUGGUGUUUAUAUACCGUGUGAAAUCAAAAAAGGACCCGAUGAAGAAACAAUACAUGUUUACACUGACAAAUUGGAAGCGUUGGAGCUUUUCCGACGGUACAAAUCAGCUAGAUUCAAAGCCUUUAGGAACAGACAGGACGCUGUUUCAUUUGCUCUCAGAGGAGCUGAGCCAAUCGACAAUCAUGAGAGUAAUGGGAAUUCGAUUAUGGGGGAGAAGCCUUACCCAUUUAAAGCACCAUCGCCCCAAGAUAUGGUUACAUUAAGAAAGGCCAUAGAAGCUGGUAAAGUCACGGUGGUUAGAGAUAGGAUAUGGGAUAAUCCGAGAUACCUCGUCAGCAGUGGAAGUACUCCGGCUAUAGUACAGGAGGGUUCCCGCUACAAUGCUCUUCAUAUAGCUGCAAAGGCACUGAAUGCUGAAAUAUGUAACCUCAUAUUAACAACAGUUGGCAACCCUGCCUUUGUACAGACUUUGUAUGGAAUGGAAACAGACUAUGAGUCUUGUAAGGAAUUCGCAACAAUCCUUCUAGACAGAUAUCUAAACACUCCAGACAAGGCUAUGAACGAGACCCCUUUACACUUUGCUGCGAAAUUUGGUGGUGAAGAAGUUGUGGAUGUACUAACAUCAUUUCCACAAUGCAACAAAAUGGCCAAAAACAAAUAUGGGGAAAUGGCGAAAGAUAUCAUCUGUAACCGUUGUAACUCAAAAACAUCAGCAUCAAGGAUUGCGUCUCUAUUAGAGGACCGAUACUACGUGCCGGUGUUACAGACAGAAGACGGCAGCGGAGCACCCGCUAUAGGCAGACCCUUCACACCUAAAGAACCCCCUGAUUUGAACCCGGAUCCCCUAUCUCCGAGAUACGAAAUCUUCGCGUUCGCUGGACCCAUGGACCCUCAGUCAGCUGAAGGAUUCAGGAGACGGUGGAAGACUCCGCCGCGGGGAGGGUUCAGACUUAAAGAUAUGAGCAAGGGUCUGGAAACAGUUGGCAGAACGCUGGCUGAGGAAAUGCAAAUAGGAUGGAAGGAGUACUGGGCGUUCCUAGAUACAUUCACUGACUUGAGGUCUAAAGAGGGGUUGGAUUUAUUAGAGAGUUACUUGAAGACCAAAUACGAAACAGCUUACUCGUUGGCCUACAACGACAGUCUCAACACUAACAACGAACUGUCCAUGUCUAGAAUAAGUCUAGGGAACCUAUCACACAACAGUCACGUGGACUCAGUUCUCAGCCCUAUAUCAGAACUGUGUGUGGCCAUGAAAACAUGCAGGAUUACUGACGAGGCCACUAAUUGGCGGAGAUGUGACAGAAUAAGGCGCGUGGCCCCACCCAGGACACACAUCAACGGAGAGUCCCCUCAACCGAUCAAUCAAAGGGUCAGCCAGCUGCUGUGCAUCGAACGAACGUGUCAAGUGUUCGCGAAAAGAAUAGCCGACGCGUUGAUCUUCUCAUUGACAGCGGAACCGGAAGUCGCCGGUGAAUCAUUGAAAUCGGAAGCGAAACAUUUGCAGCACACGAUACACACGUACAUGGGAGACGAGAGGUUCCAGGAGAUAAACUUUGCUUUGAUACAUUCAAGGCUGGCGCAGCUCGUUGUGUACAACUUGAAACAGAAGACGAAGGACGAAGACGAUUUGAACAGUCUUAAAGAAGUGCUCAGUGAUAUGCGAUGCGACGAUGAUAUAUAUAGUUCAGACGGUGAGAAGAAAGCUAUAACAUACAGAAACAAUAGAAGCAAAGAUAGGCAGGUGACAGACGGACACGUGAAGUGUGUAGCCGGCUUUAUAUGUGACGAACUAGCGGAUAUGAAUACUAAACAACCAGCUGGCUCGGAUAUUGAGUGUGGAGAUAUAUGGAAAAUGGCGGCGCAGUGUACGUGUAGCUGGCAGAUAGACGUGUUUGAGAGGAGCGGGAAGAGGAACUCUUGGAGGAAAAACAGAACUAGUUUGUCAACCAGCCCCAAGAAUGACAGUUAUAUACGGAGACUGACUUACGACUAUGAUAUAGGUGACGGCAAACUUCAGAACAGUGAAGUACAAAAACCGUUAAGCGUGAACUCCCCGGCCGGUGAUAAUCUAUACACAUUGGAUGUAGCCAAGUGCCAAGUUGUAGAGGCUGAGAUAUCGGACGAUGAAUCGGUCGCUUCCUGUCAAUCGGAUUCAGACGCGUAUGAGACAGCUGAGAACGAUUCAGACGAUGACAUGCAGGACGCGAGCGAUAGAGCGGUCACUGAACCGUUUAUUUACGGCGAGGAACCUUCAAAGAUGGACAGGCUCGUGUAUGACGCGAUCUCUUCGUGUGAGAUUACAGCAGAGGAAUAUCCAAACGUGUAUCGUUGGAGACACUGUGUGGCGCUCUAUACACGAGCAGAGAGAGAGAGUUGGCGAGCCACAACGAAUUUAGACGAAUCAGUGUCAUCUAUGUCUUGGACUGUGGGGGAAUCGCCGCGGACUAGCAGACCACGGUGUAGUACACCGCAUAAGGAUAGAGAUUUACGAGAUAUAAGAGAUUUAAGAGAUAUAAGAGAUUCAAGAGACUCGCACGCCGAUAAGACUCUACCGUUACAGGUUUCAAACUGGCUGCGAGUGACCGGACCGAACUCUCCUCGCUCGGCCUUAGCGUCGAAGAACGUCAACCAAAACGUCAGCUUCGGAUUCUGA